ACCAAACACUCCUUCAAAAAUACAGCUUCACAAUAAGAAACAGAGCAAGAUACAUAUACCCAUAAGUUGUUCAACUCUUGAACUGAAAAAGAUUGAAAUUUUUCUCAACCUUUUUGAUAAUGGAGAGUGGUGAUAAUAUACUGAGAGCGAGUAGUCCUCGUUUGAGUAGUUCCAACCUAUGGAGGAAUGAUGGGAGAGAAGUUUUCUCACAUUCUUCUCGCGAUGAAGACGAUGAAGAAGCUCUAAAAUGGGCUGCUCUCGAGAAAUUACCCACUUUUGUGAGGAUUCAGAGAGGUAUACUGACCGAAGAAGGCGGCAAACCGAGAGAGAUUGACAUCAAAAAGCUUGGAGUGAUUGAGAGAAAGAAUCUGUUGGAGAGGCUCGUGAAAAUCGCUGAGGAUGACAAUGAGAAGUUCUUGUUGAAGCUCAAGAAACGCAUUGACAGAGUUGGGGUUGAUCUUCCCACCAUUGAAGUCCGGUUCAAGCAUUUGAAUGUCGACGCAGAAGCUUAUGCUGGCAGUCGAGCACUUCCAACAAUUCUCAACUUCUCCAUUAAUAUUUUUGAGGGGUUCUUGAAUUACCUCCAUGUUCUUCCAAGUAGGAAGAAACCAUUAACAAUCCUUCAUGAUGUCAGUGGAAUCAUCAAGCCUGGCAGAAUGACAUUGCUCUUAGGCCCACCAAGCUCUGGGAAGACCUCAUUGCUUCUAGCUUUGAGUGGAAAACUUGGUUCAGAUCUAAAAGUUUCGGGGACAGUAACAUACAAUGGUCAUGGAAUGAAUGAGUUUGUUCCGCAGAGGACAUCAGCUUACAUAAGUCAGCAUGACCUUCAUAUAGGAGAAUUGACAGUGAGAGAGACACUGGCUUUCUCAGCAAGAUGUCAAGGAGUUGGACCUCACUAUGACAUGUUAACAGAAUUGUCUAGGAGAGAGAAGGAAGCAAACAUUAAGCCAGAUCCAGAUCUUGAUAUGUACAUGAAAGCAGCAUCACUAGAAGGGCAGAGGGCUAAUCUGGUCACAGAUUAUGUUAUUAAGAUUUUGGGACUGGAAGUUUGUGCUGACACUAUGGUGGGUGAUGAAAUGCGGCGAGGUAUAUCUGGUGGGCAGAAAAAGCGAGUCACAACAGGGGAGAUGCUGGUUGGACCAGCCAGAGCGCUCUUCAUGGAUGAGAUAUCGACUGGCUUGGACAGUUCUACAACUUAUCAAAUUGUGAACUCAAUCAGGCAAUCCAUCCAUAUCCUUCAAGGAACUGCUGUUAUCUCUCUCCUCCAGCCGGCGCCAGAAACUUUCAACUUAUUUGAUGACAUAAUUCUCCUCUCAGACGGGAAAAUUGUGUAUGAAGGCCCCCGCGAAAAUGUGCUAGAGUUCUUUGAAUACAUGGGCUUCAAGUGUCCUGAGAGGAAAGGAGUCGCAGACUUUUUACAAGAAGUGACAUCAAAGAAAGAUCAAGAGCAGUACUGGGAAAAGAAAGAUGAGCCAUAUAAUUUUGUUACUGUCAAGGAAUUUUCAGAGGCAUUUCAGUCAUUUCACGUUGGUCUGAAACUAGGAGAUGAGCUUGAUGUUCCAUUUGACAAAGCCAAGAGCCACCCUGCAGCUUUAACAACUAAGAAGUAUGGUGUUAGUAAAAAGGAACUGUUGAACGCUCUCAUAUCCAGAGAAUACUUGCUCAUGAAAAGGAAUUCAUUUUUCUACAUAUUCAAGUUGACUCAACUUAUUCUUACAGCAAUAAUUACAAUGACUGUAUUUCUUAGAACUAAGAUGCCCAAGAAAACAAUAGAAGAUGGAACGAUUUUCAUGAGCGCUCUGUUCUUUAGUGUCCUCAUGAUUAUGUUUAAUGGGUUUGCGGAGUUAGUCAUGACCAUCUUGAAGCUUCCCACCUUCUACAAGCAAAGAGACCUUCUCUUCUUUCCGGCUUGGGCUUACUCUUUACCCACAUGGAUCCUCAAGAUCCCGAUAACUUUUAUAGAAGUCAGUAUUUGGGUGUUCACAACUUACUAUGUCAUAGGAUUUGAUCCACAUGUCGGAAGGUUGUUCAAAAUGUACCUUCUAAUGCUAUGCAUUAACCAGAUGGCUUCUGCACUGUUCCGUCUCAUGGGGUCAUUAGGAAGGAAUAUGAUUGUGGCAAACACAUUUGGCUCAUUUGCAUUACUUGCAGUUAUUGUAUUGGGUGGAUUUAUCUUAUCAAGAGAUGAUAUAAAGAAAUGGUGGAUAUGGGGUUACUGGUUCUCACCUAUGAUGUAUGUACAGAACGCUAUAGCAGUGAAUGAAUUUCUUGGGGACAGUUGGAGACAUGUUCCUGCAAAUUCAACAGCUGAUUCAACGGAAUCAUUAGGUGUAAUAAUCAUGAAGUCUCGUGGGUUAUUUCCCGAAGCAUACUGGUAUUGGCUUGGAGUAGGAGUUUCAAUUGGAUAUAUUUUUCUGUUCAAUUCCCUUUUCACUCUGGCUCUCGCUUAUCUCAAGCCAUUUGGGAAGCCUCAGGCUGUUCUAUCUGAAGAAAUACUGGCAGAAAGAAAUGCUUGUAAAACAGGAGAGAUUGAGCUAUCAUCAAGAGGAAAGAUACCUGUAGAAACGGGAGAUGACGUUCAAAGAAGUGUAUUGUCCACCUCAAUGUCUUCAAGACUAGGCAGUAUUAGUGAAGUUUCCAAAAACAGGAAGCGGGGAAUGGUUCUUCCUUUCGAACCUCUUUCCAUCACAUUCGAUGACAUCAAAUAUGCAGUAGAUAUGCCACAGGAAAUGAAAGCUCAAGGUAUUCCUGAAGACCGGCUAGAACUUCUGAAAGGUGUGAGUGGUGCUUUCAGGCCUGGAAUUCUUACAGCUCUAAUGGGUGUUAGUGGGGCUGGUAAGACCACUCUAAUGGAUGUGUUGGCUGGUAGAAAAACUGGUGGAUAUAUUGAGGGAAGGAUCAUGAUAUCAGGGUACCCAAAGAAGCAAGAAACAUUCGCUCGUGUAGCAGGAUAUUGUGAGCAAACUGACAUUCACUCUCCUCAUGUAACAGUUUAUGAGUCCUUGCAAUUCUCUGCUUGGCUCCGGUUGCCUCCUGAUGUUGAUUCUGCCUCCAAAAAAAUAUUUGUCGAUGAGGUCAUGGAGCUUGUUGAGCUAACCCCGUUAAGGGAAGCACUUGUUGGGUUGCCUGGCGUGGAUGGUCUUUCAACCGAACAACGCAAGAGGUUGACAAUUGCAGUUGAACUCAUAGCCAACCCAUCCAUAAUAUUCAUGGAUGAACCAACCUCGGGACUUGAUGCUAGGGCAGCAGCAAUUGUGAUGAGAACAGUGAGAAACACAGUGGACACGGGACGAACUGUGGUGUGCACCAUCCAUCAGCCAAGCAUUGACAUAUUUGAUUCUUUUGAUGAGCUAUUUCUUCUAAAACGAGGAGGUGAAGAAAUAUAUGUUGGUCCAUUAGGCCGCCAGUCUUCCCAUCUGAUCAAGUACUUUGAAGGUAUCAACAGAGUUAGUAAAAUUACAGAUGGUUAUAAUCCAGCAACAUGGAUGUUAGAGGUGACUUCAGCAGCACAGGAAGCAGCUCUUGGGGUAAACUUUACAGAGGUGUACAAGAACUCGGAACUAUAUAGGAGAAACAAAGACUUAAUCAAGGAACUCAAUACACCUCCACCGGACUUAAAAGAUCUAUAUUUCCCCACUCAAUACUCUCAGUCUUUCUUCACCCAAUGUACGUCUUGCCUAUGGAAACAACACUUGUCGUACUGGCGAAACCCGCCAUACAGUGCAGUGAGAUUCUUGUUCACAACAUUCAUAGCUCUUCUGUUUGGAACAAUCUUCUGGGAUCUUGGCUCCAAAAGGGGAAAACAACAGGAUAUCUUCAAUGCAAUGGGUUCUAUGUAUUGCGCUGUGCUAUUUAUUGGUUCACAAAAUGCUGGUUCAGUGCAGCCAGUAGUUGCUAUUGAGAGAACAGUCUUUUACAGGGAAAGAACAGCUGCAGCCGGAAUGUAUUCAGCAUUGCCAUAUGCUUUUGGACAGGUUGUGAUUGAGCUCCCAUACGUUUUUAUUCAGACUCUCACAUAUGGAGUCAUAGUUUAUGCCAUGAUUGGAUUUGAGUGGACCGUUGCCAAGUUCUUAUGGUAUCUGUUUUUCAUGUACUUCACCCUGUUAUACUUUACUUUCUAUGGGAUGAUGACAGUGGCAGUAACUCCCAACCACAACAUUGCUUCCAUAGUCUCAUCCGCCUUCUAUAUAAUAUGGAAUCUUUUCUCUGGAUUUAUCAUUCCUAAAAUAAGAAUUCCAGUGUGGUGGCGGUGGUUCUAUUACAUUUCCCCGGUCUCUUGGACUCUCUAUGGGCUGGUUGCCUCCCAGUUUGGAGACAUUCAAGAAAAGCUUGACACUGGCGAAACAGUUGAAGAAUUCGUAAGGAAUUUCUAUGAUUUUAAGCAUGACUUCGUGGGAUAUGUAGCCAUGAUUAUAGUUGGGAUCGCUGUGCUCUUUGGAUUCAUCUUUGCCUAUUCAAUCAGGGCGUUUAACUUCCAGAAAAGAUAAUAGUUUCAUAUAGAAUAAAUAAAUCUUCGCCAAAAAGAUCAUCAUCCCGCGAUAGUUUUUGUCAACAUGUGAUGUACAUUGAAGGAAUUUUUUUUUAUUUAUUUCAUUUUCAUUUUUUAGUUCCAUCAGCUUUUGAGUUCUGUUUUGCUUAUUUUGAUUUUGUCGAUGUAACGUAAUUCAUCUAUAUGUAAUGUAAUGAACUGAUACAAA